UGCGGUCUCUCUAGAUGUCCUUCAUUAGGUGGUAUUGAGAUUUAAAGGGAAGAAGAUUGAAGAAGAUCAAAGGCGCCUCCUCACACGUGUCUGCGCCCUUUUGACACACAGCUUCUUCUUUUUCGCCCUGCAUCGUAAUCAUCAUGUUUGGACCUCAGCGUCUUCUCCUCCUCCUCGUCUUUGGUGUGAUCGUAGAUCAGAGUCUGGUGUUCUCGCUGGACCUGACCCCCUCAGGUAGGGGUUCAUCUCACUGGACAGCUUAGUCCUUUCCAUCCUUUAGUGGACAUUUGGGUCCUCCAAGCAAAGUCUUGUCUCAUGCCCUGUUACCUUGUCUCAUGACGAUGUCCUGUUACAUUGUCUCAUGUCCUGGUACCUUGUCUCAUGAUGACGCCCUGUUACCUCGUCUCAUGACAACAUCUUGUUACCUUGUCUCAUGACGGCGUCCUGUUACCUCGUCUCAUGUCCUUUUAUCUUGUCUCAUGUCCUUUUACCUUGUCUCAUGAUGAUGUCCUGUUACCUUAACUCAUGUCCUGGUACCUUGUCUCAUGACGACGUCCUGUUACCUUGUUUCACUUCCUGGUACCUUGUCUCAUGUCUUUUUACCUUGUCUCAUGAGGAUGUCCUGUUACCUUGUAUCACAAUGUCCUGGUACCUCGUCUCAUGACAAUGUCCUGUUACCUUGACUCAUGUCCUUGUACCUUGUCUCAUGAUGAUGUCCUGUUACCUCGUCUCAUGACGAUGUCCUGUUGCCUUGAAUCACAAUGAUGUCCUGUUACCUUGUCUCAUGUCCUUGUACCUCGUCUCAUGUCCUUUUACCUUGUCUCAUGAGGAUGUCCUGGUACCUUGUCUCAUUGUCUUGCUACCUUGUCUCAUGAUGAUGUCCUGUUGCCUUGUAUCACAAUGAUGUCCUGGUACUUCGUCUCAUCAUUUUCCGAUGAUGUCAUGUAUGAUGUUCCGUUCCCUGAUGACGACGACGUGCUGUUAUGUUUCAGUGAAAUGUGCGAGACACAAUGUCUCGGCCAAGUAUCCGCACUGCCGCGUGUCCUCUCCAGGUAACAAGUCCUCCCAGUCGACCAGCCAUGACCCAGCAGAAAGUCCAGCAGGUGUUUUUGUAACAGGUGGAGUUUCUGACUUGGAAUGUUUUGGCAAGCACAGUCAGUCAUCAGGGAAAAAGACGUGUACGUGGAGGCGAGGGGCGUCCUCGUCCAACUUCACGCUGGUCAUCAAGCAGAGGUCAAGUUCCAGAAGCUACUGUUGGGUCUACCCGGACAUCAGCGACACCUCCGUGGAGGUCAAAGUGUACCAAAGCUACCAGAUGACCGCUCAGGUUCUGGAGCUGGUUGGCUCCAACUGCAGCCAAGACGUCUUUAGGGCGCACCCUAGCGGCCUGCUGCGCUGCGGGCCGCCGCCUGACGUGACUUUUAGGCGCCACCUGGGGAGCGUGCACGUGCACGUGGAAUGGUCGCAGGAGGAUGUCGAGGUCGUCAGGUCAUUGUGCGUGCGACACAAAGCAGCCGGCGGCGGACAGUGGAAGGAGGCGUGUUGCGGGAGUGCCUCGGAGUGUCAGGUGUCCAAUGUGAACACGUCUGAGGUGUACCAGGUUCAGGUCCGGUGCGAGACCAGUGACAAGUGUUCCCAGUGUCCGUGGGGUGAAGUCUUCCCACUCGCACCAGGUCCACUCCCCCCCCCCCCUUCUUUAGCGUACGUGGCGUACACAUCUCUAAACGUUCUUUGGCCUUCAGAACUGACCGCCCUGCCUGUCUUGGUCCAUGUGGAUGAACAACAGAUGGCCACCAUGACAGGACAGAGGACGCUCUCGCUGACAUGGAUGCUUCCUGGCGCUGUCCUGCCCGAGGGUUACCGUGUGUGCGUGGCCAAGGUGUCGGGGGAGUCGGAGAAUCACGUGACCAGCGUGCGUCCCCACGUCACGCUGGUCCUCUCCUCGUCGUCCUUCCACGUGGACGUCAGCGCCGUCAACAACGCCAGCGAGUCGCCCGCCGUCCGCAUCACGGUGCCGCCCCGAGCCGCCGUAGGACACGGGAUGCUGAACGUGAGCGUCCACAGCAACGCGUCCUUCACCAUCUCCUGGGAGGACGACCUGGUCAGCUGGAGCGUGUGCUUCUGCAUGGAGUGGAGCUCUGAGGGACGCCCAGUGGCUUACAAGUCCUUCUAUGAGGACACCAACAACUUCUGGACUGUGUCGGACAUCACGGAGCGUCUGGAGGCGUACAGAAGAUACCACGUGUGGUUGCAUGUGCGUCCCCAGAGGCCGCCGUGCAACCUGAAGAGCGUCAACAACAGCGAGGUCACCUAUGCCAGCGCUCCCUUCUACUUCCUGGAAGGAUCGCCGCUGAGCGCACCCGCCAACGUCAGCGUGGUCAAUGUGACACUGAGCUCCGUGGCGCUGUGCUGGUCCUCCAUACCACAGGAGGAGCUCAGAGGCUUCCUGCUGGGCUACGUGAUCCACUACGCCGAGAACCAGCAGCAGGAGACCAACAUCAGCGUGCCGGCGCACGUUCACAGCUACACACUGGAGGGUCUUCAAAGGGGGACGGUGUACAAGAUCCAGGUCUCAGGAGUCACCCGGGCCGGAGCGGGAGUCCGAAGCGCCGCCAGAGUCAUCAGGACUCAUGAGCGAGGCUCCCUCAGUCUGACGGUGGUCUUCAUCGUGUCUGGUCUCACAGUCGUGGUCCUCACGGUUGCGUUCUUCCUCAUGAAAAGCAAAGCCAAAGUGGCCUUCUGGCCAAACAUCCCCACUCCUGAGAAGAGCAUCGUCCUCCAGAAGCUCAACGUCCCCUCGGAGAUGCUUUUCGACAAGACGAUGGACGCUCUCAAGGUGGAGGAAUUUGAGACCUCAAGUCUGCUGAUCGUGGAGGUUGGAGCCGCGGAUCCUGUCGACACCCCCGCCGCGCUGCUUCCUGCCGACCAGCAAAGAGCCGACGUCCAGCGUCUUCCUGCCGCCGCCUCAGGCGCGUACACGAGCAUGGCCGCCGUGCAACAGCUGAUGGUGUUGACGCAGAGAACGGCGGCCAAAAGCAGCGACGACGGUCGCGUCACGGGAGGCAAACCAGGGAUGGACUAUGUGACCCAGUUCUUAUGGAGUCUGACUGCCGCCCACGAGAGGAAGCCAACGUGCAGCGACAGGGUGUGAAGUGGACUCGUGGACGUACGGGACAUUGCCAGCGAGGACACACCAGCAUGGACGGGCCUUGGAGACAUUUUCACACUCCUAAAAGCUGUUGUCAUGGAAACAAGGGUGUGACGUAUUUAGCAUGGCUAGCUAAAGGUUAGUUCGCCCGGGGGUGUCCAAGCGUUUUUCCAGUGAGGGCAACAUAGUCAACUUAGGACGCCAUUUUGUAAACCCUACUUUUUCAGCCCUAUAAUAUGUAUUGAGUUGUGGACUCGUGUAGAGCAGCUACACACGAUGACCCGCACGGAAAGCUCUCUUCCAGUAUCUGCACCUAUUCAGCUGUAUUUCUUUGGACUUGGUGCUGCUUUAACGUAUUCAACUAACAGCCCGCCUCCAGGCACACCCACUCCGCUGUGAUUGGUCAGUACAGGGGUUGAUAAUAAAUGACGUAUCUUUUUAAAAGGUGGGCUUUUAACAUUACAGUCAUAUGUGUUGGAUCCCGAAUCCGAUCCGGAAGUAGAGACUGGACAGUCAGUUACUUCAAGAUGUCUGUGAAUGGUAAGCAGCUUUAGCAUUUCGAUAACAUGUAACUUGGUCAUUACACGUUACCAGCGUGUAAAAGAACUUGGGUAGAGCCACCGAUUGUGGUGGGAAGCGGCGAUUAGCAACCCCUGUUGCCGUUUUGCCAUGUCCCCAAAAAGUGCAUAUGCUAACGACAGAGGCGAUGUCACGGUGCGCCGAUUCUCACGUCGUGUUUUUAUAGGUACCAUACUCGUGGCGUGAAAAUGGCAUACGCAACUUUUGUGUAUAUGCAAGUGUUA